CUUCAUUCAUACUUCCUCAUUGGCAAUGCUCUUUAACGAAGCAACAAAAGAAAAAGGACAGUCCAACCACAUACCGAGGAGACCGAGAAUUCGCUUCCCUAUUUCGACAAACCUCUGCUUCUGCUCUCGAUUUCUCUCUCAUAAUUACACUUUCAUGCAUCCUUACUUCAAUUCCUAAAUUGCGAAUCUAAUUCGAUUAUCUAACUAUAUUCGCUCUUUCGAUCUCUGAUCUCCUCACUUCAAUGCUAAAUUAGGGAUCAAUUAUCCCCCAAAAUUAAUUUUUUCUCAAUUUUGAAGAAGAAAGCUGGAAUUUUAGGGUUUUAGAUUGAUCUAAAUCAAAGGAAAUGUUGUCGAAUCAUAUCCAAAACAGUAUGGAAACUGCAAGAUUGGUGUGGUCUCAGUUGCCAAAUUCAGAGGAAGGAGAAUUUGAUGAAGUUGGAAUUACUAAGAAGAAUGAUCUUAAUGGUGUCGAAAGCCUUGAUUAUGAAGUUAUAGAAAAUUAUGCUUAUCGAGAAGAACAGGAAACGAGGGGGAAACUGUUUGCAAGUUAUCAAGUGUCUUUGAAGUGGUUCCUCGCGCUAUUGAUCGGCGUUGGCACCGGACUUGCUGCUAUUUUUAUAAAUAUCUCCAUUGAAAACUUUGCUGGGUGGAAAUUCGCAUUGACAUUUGCCAUAAUUCAGAAAUCAUAUCUUGCUGGACUACUAAUUUAUGUGCUUUUCAAUUUAGCGCUAGUUUAUUCCUCUGUAUAUAUAGUUACCCAUUUUGCGCCAGCUGCAGCUGGAUCUGGUAUUCCAGAAAUAAAAGGCUAUUUGAAUGGAAUUGAUGUCCAUGGCAUACUUUUAUUUAGAACGCUAUUUGGAAAGAUCUUUGGAAGCAUUGGUUCAGUGGGAGGUGGAUUAGCCCUCGGCAAAGAAGGUCCUCUUGUUCAUAUUGGUGCUUGUAUAGCUUCUCUCCUAGGACAAGGUGGAUCUACAAAAUACCAUUUAAGUUCAAGAUGGCUUCAAGGUUUUAAUAGCGAUAGAGAUCGUCGUGAUCUUGUGACCUGUGGCUGUGCAGCUGGAGUUGCGGCUGCAUUUAGAGCUCCUGUUGGAGGUGUAUUGUUUGCACUUGAGGAGGUUACAUCAUGGUGGAGAAGUCAGCUUAUGUGGCGUGUCUUUUUUACUUCUGCUGUUGUUGCGGUUGUUGUACGUACUGCAAUGUCAUGGUGUAAGAGUGGGAAAUGUGGACACUUUGGUGCUGGUGGCUUCAUAAUAUGGGAUAUUUCAGAGUUAGAACUUCAAUUUCCCUCAGUUAUUAUUUUAUCAAUUCUUACUUUUGUCUGCUGGUUUCUAACCAAGCCUUUUUGUUUUUACAGUGGUCAAGAGGAUUACUCAUUUGCAGAACUAUUGCCAAUGGCAGUUAUUGGGGUGAUCGGUGGUCUUCUUGGGGCGUUGUUCAACCAACUUACACGCUAUAUAACUUAUUGGCGUCGCAAUUAUUUGCACAAGAAAGGGACACGCGUUAAAAUGAUUGAAGUCUGCCUUAUUUCAGUAAUUACUUCUGCAAUUUCUUUUGGGUUACCACUUCUAAGAAAAUGCAGCCCCUGUCCUGCUUCAGAAGUUGGAUGUCCUAAUCCCCCAGGAAUGUAUGGGAAUUAUGUAAAUUUUUACUGUCGCAGUGACAAGGAAUACAAUGAUCUAGCUACCAUUUUCUUCAACACACAGGAUGAUGCUAUUAGGAAUUUAUUUAGCGCCAAAACGAUUCAUGAAUACAGUGCUCAGAGCUUGUUAACCUUUUUGGUUAUGUUUUACACUUUGGCAGUGGUCACAUUUGGAACAGCUGUUCCCGCUGGUCAGUUUGUUCCCGGAAUAAUGAUAGGGUCGACUUAUGGCCGUCUUGUUGGCAUGUUUGUCGUCAACUUCUAUAAAAAGCCAAACAUAGAAGAGGGAACAUAUGCUCUUCUAGGUGCUGCUUCUUUUUUAGGAGGCUCGAUGCGGGUGACAGUGUCCCUUUGUGUCAUCAUGGUUGAAAUCUCGAAUAAUUUGAAGUUUCUACCCCUUAUCAUGCUAGUUCUUCUUAUAUCAAAGGCUGUUGGUGAUGCCUUCAACGAUGGCUUGUAUGAAGAGCAAGCUCGGUUGAAGGGUAUCCCUUUGCUUGAUUCGAGACCGAAAUACCAGAUGCGGCGGAUGACUGCAAAAGAUGGUUGUCGAACUCGAAAGGUUGUUAGUCUUCCUCGUGUUAUCAAGGUUUCAGAUGCGGUUUCUAUUCUGAGAUGCAACAAGCACAAUGGCUUCCCUGUGAUAGAUCACACAAGGAGUGGAGAGACGCUCAUUAUAGGACUGAUGCUUCGGAGUCACUUUUUGGUGCUUCUUCAGUCCAAGGUGGAUUUCCAACAUAGCUCUUUGCCUAGUGAUUCAAGAGGUGGAUCCUUCCCGAUAAGGCAUAGUAAUAGUGAAUUCAUCAAACCAGUUUCAAGUACAGGGCUUAGCCUUGAUGAUAUUCAUCUGAGCCAGGAUGAUUUAGAUAUGUACAUAGAUCUCGCCCCCUUUUUGAACCCAUCACCGUAUAUAGUCCCUGAAGAUAUGUCGUUGACAAAGGUGUAUAAUCUAUUCCGUCAACUAGGAUUAAGGCAUUUAUUGGUUGUCCCUAGGCCUUCACGUGUUUUAGGUCUAAUAUCACGAAAGGAUUUGAUAGUUGAGAGUGAUGAUGAGUUGGACACAGAACUCCAAUCGACUAGUGUAAGAGCUCAAUAUCGUAACGGAGGCUCAGUAUCAAGAAGUGUAGAUGUGGAGCAACCACUUAUAAAUGGUGUUUUGGUGCAAAAUAAAUAAUAGUUCUAAUUCUAUAAUCGUGUAGGUUUUGGUAUCUCCUAGCUGGAGUUCAUUAUCUGCAUUCUUGAAACAUUUUUGUUAAUUCUAAUUUUUUAUUUUUUUUUUCCUGUACACUGGAAAAUUCCAGCAAAAUCACACAUAUUUGUGUUGCAAAGUGUAAAAUUGUAAAACAGAAUGACAGCUUAUAGAAUGAAAUCAUUUCGAAAGGUUAGUUUAAUUUUGA